AAAACAAGAGAGAGAGCCAAAGUCGUUGAUAGGGAGUUGGGCGAUCGUUCUUCCCUUUCGUUUUUUUCGGUUUUUUUUUUCCCUUCUCUUAUUUGAUUAUCAUAUUAGGAAUAGGAAUCGAGUGUUUAUUAGGAAUCGGAAAUCGAGUGUGAGGCUCAUAGCUCUAUAUAAAGCUCUCGAAGCUCUGGAAUUUGGAUCUCAGAAUCCCACCCAUUGCCUCUCUCCCUUCUCAAUUGCCUGUAUUCUUCGGGUACGAUUAUCUCCACAUAGGAAAACUUGGUGUGGAAUAUGGCUAAUCGGAAUCUGGAGAAGAUGGCAUCUAUCGAUGCGCAGCUUCGGCUUUUAGUCCCAGGCAGAGUGAGUGAGGAUGAUAAAUUGGUGGAGUACGACGCGUUGUUACUGGAUCGAUUCCUUGACAUUCUCCAGGAUUUACAUGGGGAGGAUCUUAAGGAAACUGUGCAAGAAUGUUAUGAAGUUUCCGCUGAAUAUGAGGGGAAGCGCGAUCCAAAGAAACUUGAGGAGCUGGGAAGUGUGCUGACUAGUUUAGAUCCAGGGGACUCUAUUGUCAUUGCAAAAUCUUUCUCCCAUAUGCUUAACUUGGCUAACUUGGCCGAGGAGGUUCAGAUUGCCUAUCGUCGGAGAAUCAAACUGAAGAAGGGAGAUUUUGCUGAUGAGAACUCUGCGACCACUGAAUCGGAUAUUGAGGAAACUCUGAAGAAGCUUGUUGGCGAACUGAAGAAGUCUCCUCAAGAAGUUUUUGAUGCCUUGAAGAACCAGACUGUUGAUUUGGUCUUAACUGCUCAUCCUACUCAAUCAGUUCGUAGAUCAUUGCUUCAGAAGCAUGCAAGGAUAAGGGAUUGUUUAGUCCAAUUGUACGCCAAAGACAUUACUCCUGACGACAAGCAAGAGCUUGAUGAGGCACUUCAGAGAGAGAUUCAAGCUGCAUUUCGUACGGAUGAAAUUCGUAGAACUCCUCCUACACCACAAGAUGAAAUGAGGGCAGGAAUGAGCUACUUCCAUGAGACAAUUUGGAAGGGUGUUCCUAAAUUUCUGCGCCGUGUUGAUACAGCUUUGAAAAACAUAGGGAUCAAUGAACGCGUUCCUUAUAAUGCACCACUAAUUCAGUUUUCUUCUUGGAUGGGUGGUGACCGUGAUGGUAAUCCUAGAGUGACACCCGAGGUCACAAGGGAUGUCUGUCUUCUUGCUAGAAUGAUGGCUGCUAAUCUGUACUACUCGCAGAUUGAGGAUCUCAUGUUUGAGUUGUCUAUGUGGCGUUGCAGUAGUGAGCUUCGUGAGCGUGCAGACCUGCUCCAUAAUUCAUCAAGGAGAGAUGCAAAACACUAUAUAGAAUUUUGGAAGCAAGUUCCUGCCAGUGAACCAUAUCGAGUGAUUCUUGGUGAUGUAAGGGACAAGCUUUAUCAAACACGUGAACGUUCUCGCCAUUUGUUAGCAAAUGGAUAUUCCGACAUCCCAGAGGAUGCAACUUUUACAAAUGUUGAGCAGUUCUUGGAACCUCUUGAACUAUGCUAUAGAUCCCUCUGCACUUGUGGCGACCGUGCAAUUGCUGACGGCACCCUGCUUGAUUUCUUGAGGCAAGUGUCCACUUUUGGCCUGUCCCUUGUAAGACUUGACAUCAGGCAAGAGUCAGAUCGUCACACUGAUGUCUUGGAUGCCAUUACGAAGCAUUUGGAUCUUGGUUCCUACAAAGAAUGGUCUGAAGAACAGCGGCAAGAAUGGCUUUUAUCCGAACUGAGUGGCAAACGCCCUCUUUUUGGUCCUGAUCUUCCUACAACUGAAGAAAUAUCUGACGUUUUGAACACAUUCCAUGUCAUAGCUGAACUUCCUGCCGAUAACUUCGGUGCAUAUAUCAUCUCCAUGGCCACUGCUCCAUCUGAUGUUCUGGCAGUUGAGCUCUUGCAACGUGAGUGCCAUGUUAAGCAACCACUAAGAGUUGUUCCACUGUUUGAGAAGCUUGCAGAUUUGGAGGCUGCACCGGCAGCUCUUGCUCGCCUCUUCUCAGUUGAUUGGUACAGAGAUCGGAUUAGCGGAAAGCAAGAAGUCAUGAUUGGCUACUCGGAUUCUGGUAAAGAUGCAGGGCGGUUCUCUGCAGCCUGGCAAUUGUACAAGGCUCAAGAGGAGCUUAUAAAGGUUGCCAAGCAAUAUGGUGUGAAGCUAACUAUGUUUCAUGGUCGUGGUGGCACUGUUGGAAGAGGAGGUGGCCCAACCCAUCUUGCUAUUUUGUCCCAGCCACCCGAUACAGUUCACGGUUCGCUCCGUGUGACGGUACAGGGUGAAGUUAUUGAGCAGUCCUUUGGAGAGGAGCACUUGUGCUUUAGAACACUCCAGCGUUUCACUGCAGCAACACUUGAGCAUGGAAUGCACCCUCCAGUUUCACCAAAACCUGAAUGGCGUGCACUUAUGGAUGAAAUGGCUGUCGUUGCUACACAAGAAUAUCGUUCCAUUGUCUUCAAAGAACCACGAUUUGUCGAAUAUUUCCGCCUUGCAACACCAGAGCUGGAGUAUGGUAGGAUGAACAUUGGAAGCCGCCCAUCAAAACGUAAGCCAAGUGGCGGAAUCGAGUCACUUCGUGCCAUACCGUGGAUCUUUGCAUGGACGCAGACGAGGUUUCAUCUACCGGUUUGGUUGGGCUUCGGAGCUGCAUUCAAGCAUAUCAUUCAGAAAGACGUUAGGAACCUCCAUGUGUUGCAGGAGAUGUACAAUGCAUGGCCCUUCUUUAGGGUCACCAUUGAUUUGGUUGAAAUGGUGUUCGCCAAAGGAGACCCCGGAAUUGCUGCUUUGUACGACAAGCUCCUAGUUUCAAAGGACCUCUGGUCUUUCGGAGAGCGCUUGAGAACCAACUUUGAAGAAACAAAGAGCCUUCUUCUCAAGAUUGCUGGACACAGCGACCUUCUUGAAGGCGAUCCUUACUUGAAGCAAAGACUCCGUCUCCGUAACUCGUACAUCACGACUCUGAAUGUGUGCCAAGCAUACACAUUGAAACGAAUCCGUGACCCGAACUACCAUGUGACAGUGCGUCCACACAUUUCAAAGGAGAUAAUGGAAGCAAGCAAACCAGCAGACGAACUUGUUCAACUAAACCCGAAGAGCGAGUACGCACCCGGGUUAGAGGACACCCUGAUCUUGACCAUGAAGGGUAUUGCUGCUGGAAUGCAGAACACUGGUUAAUGCAGAACACUGCCCCUUUUGAUGUUUAUUUUUUUGCUGGUUUCUCCCAAUAUAUAAAUUUGCCAUCCAAGACAAAAGGAUCUGCAUCAGAAGUGGAUGUUGUUUAAGUUAAUCCAGCUUUUGGUGAGAAGAGACCUGAGUGAAUUGUUACUGCUUUAUUGUUGUAUGAUCUGUGCCCCAAAUACUAAGAGUGGCCAGUGGAUUAUGUCAUUUCAACUUUAAAUAAUUCCAUUGAUGCUGGAAAAACAGCUCCUCCUAUCUAUUUUUGCA